AUCAAUUAUGUAAUCUGCUAUAGUGCUAUGUGGUGGGAUCGACACAGCUUCAUUGAUGAUCUGCUGAUGAUGUACAGGGUUCUGGGUGUUAUGGCUAUUCAUUGCGAUGGUGAGUGGUUGCUGCUGCUACCAGAAAAGGCAGGCAGCGAGGAGGAGGGAGCUAGAGCACGCGCAGCAGCAGCACGUUUUCAGGGAUGCCACUGGUUGCGCUGUUCCUGCGCCCAAUGGCAAACUGUUUGUUCUUCCGUCCUAUGAAGAGGUGCUCUCUACACACAACACUGGUGCUCCCCCGCUGUACAGUGCACUUUAUGAUAACGUAGUGCAAGGACCGCGUGACGUUGGAUCCUUGGCAAUUCCAAGUACUAGCCUCAGCAGUGAUGUGGAUAAUGCAACUGUUCAAAGUGUAACUGAACAUCAAAUAGAAGUAUCCGUUGACAUCCGUGAUGACGAUGAUGAACAUUUGCCUGCGUACAGCUCACGCGUAGGAUCGGAAGAUAGUCUAAUAACUGCCUGAAGUCGCUGGCAUAUGCUAUCUAUAUACUUACUCUGGAGUGACUAUACAAGCUUGGCGUCAUCACGAUAAGCAUUUAUAAUUACUAAAAUUUAUGCACUUUUACUUCGUCCUAUUCUCACCAUAUAUAAUCCAUGAAUUAUGUAAAAAUUUAUCUCACAGCUGUGAUGGCCUUUUAUUAUUUAGGAAAUUUAUUACAUAAUACGAUCCUCAUGUAAAUAUAUGUUGUACAGCUAACAAUCUGGGGAGUAUACUAAGAAACGUGCAUAUAUAUUGAACAGCUUUUAUAAUCUAUGAAGUAUAAAAUGAAAAUUGCAGCAAAAACUGGCAUUGCCAAUAGAAACCAAAUUAGGUGGAUCUUGACAGAUGUCUUUGUGUGCACAAUUUGUCAUUUAUUUUAUCAUGAAGUUAAAUAAUAAUUUUUUAACAUAGUUUUAAAUUUAGUUUAUGUACAAUAAUCGCUUGUACAUAAACUUACAAAUAUUACAUCAUACUUGUGAAGAUAUGUUUUCAUUCUGUAAAUAUGUUGGCAAAAAUAGAUCAACCAUAAGUUUUAUUUUAUGUAGUUAUAUUUCGAGUGUUGGGUAUGUGCUGAUAGCUGCAAGCCUGAAAUUGUUAAGCCUUUAUUUUAAUCUGUAGUUUAUUAUAAAAUUUGCUUACAGUGUACUUAAAAGGUCAGUUCUUACAACUAGGUAGCUCUAGAAACAUCUGCUGCUUGUCUUUAUAGGCAUCAUUUAAUGAUUUAAAAAUGUAUGCAGAUGUUAAAAUAUUUUUACUAUGAAUUCUGUUAGAAACAUGAUAAAUGUUAAGCAUUUAAUCAUAGCGUCGACAGAAUCACAGCACAGAAAAUAUAACUGUGAAGAAUGUUCUUGUAUUUUAAUAUAUUUUUUUAAUGAGAGUUAUGUAAAUAAACAAGAUUCCAUGGACACUAAA